AUGGUGGAGUUUAUUUAUGUUUUAACUGCUCCCUUUGUAGGUUUCAUAGAGAAAGAUAUACUUGCUUUUCUUGAGAUUCUACUUAGUUGGCGCGCUUGUUAUGCACAGAGGACAUACUACUUGACCAAAAGUGACCAAGAGAUGAUUCCUGCUAUAGGACUAGCAAGGUCUCGCAUUUUAGUUGGUGAUAAUGUUUCACUAAGGAUGUUAUCUCAAUUCCAAACGACGGCCUUGUUUCAUAGAAGUUUUCCGAAUUUCUGCAAUUUUACCCGUGAUCACGAGGCUGGACCUCUCACCAUCGCCAGUCUUGGGUUUCAAAGUGAAACCGGAACAAUGACUAGUGGAAAUGAGAAAAAUAGAAUGAAGGAGGGCAUUUCUACUAUGGAAUUCCCAAAAAGUAAGAAGAAGAAAGUUAUUAGUUACAAAGAAAAGUCGAUUGGAACUAAGAAUAAUCCAGACUUUCAGAGUGCCCUUUUUGCUGCAAAAUCUUUUUCUGAACUUGGCCUCCCUCCUUUGCUAGUUGAAAGACUGGAGAAGGAAGGAUUUGAGGUCCCCACUGAUGUUCAGGCUGCAGCAGUUCCCACUAUUCUUAAGGAUCACGAUGUUGUAAUUCAAUCUUACACUGGUUCAGGAAAAACAUUAGCUUAUCUUCUUCCCAUUCUAGCUGAAAUUGGUCCUCUCAAAAAUGAUCUUUUGACAAGUGAUGAGUUGAAGAACAAAACUGAUAUAGAAGCAGUAAUUGUUGCGCCCUCUAGGGAGCUUGGGAUGCAGAUAGUGAGGGAGGUUGAGAAAUUACUAGGACCCUUGUACAAGAAAAUGGUUCAGCAGCUUGUUGGGGGUGCAAACAGAAGUAGACAGGAAGAAGCCCUUAAGAAAAAUAAGCCUGUCAUUGUAGUUGGAACGCCUGGAAGGAUUGCAGAGAUAAGUGCAGCUGGAAAGCUUCAAACUCAUAGCUGUCGUUACCUGGUCCUAGAUGAAGUUGAUCAACUCCUUGGAUUCAAUUUUCGGGAGGACAUGCAUCGGAUUCUGGAGCAUGUUGGAAGAAGAUCUGGUGCUGGUCAACGAGGCUCGGAUAAAUCGCGUGGGACUCAUCCUGAGCGUCAGACAAUCAUGGUCUCUGCUACUGUGCCUUUUUCAGUGAUAAGGGCUGCUAGGAGCUGGGCCCGUGAUCCAUUCCUUGUCCAAGCCAAAAGUGUUACCCCACUUGAAUCUGUAUCUCCUUCUGGACCUCCUAAUUUGUCAGGAACUGCUUCCAGCUUAGGUUCAAGCUCAAACUUUCAGACACUGCCUGCAGAUCAGAGCCUACCUCCCAAUUUGAAUCACUAUUUCCAUGUUACAAGGAUACAACACAAAGUGGAUGCUCUAAGGAGAUGUGUGCAUGCAUUGGAGGCUAGAUCUGUCAUAGCUUUUAUGAAUCACACUAAACAGCUAAAAGAUGCUGUUCAUAAACUGGAAGCUCGGAGCAUGAAAGCAGCUGAGCUCCAUGGAGAUUUGAGCAAGCUUGCCAGAUCAACCAUCCUCAAGAAAUUCAGGGAUGGGGAAGUCAGAGUGUUGAUAACAAAUGAGCUUUCUGCCCGGGGUUUGGAUAUUCCUGAGUGCGAUCUUGUAGUCAACCUAGAACUGCCUACUGACUCAGUUCAUUAUGCACAUCGAGCUGGCCGAACAGGUCGGCUAGGUCGAAAGGGUACUGUUGUCUCCAUAUGCGAGGAGCCAGAAGUAUUUGUGGUGAAGAAGUUACAGAAGCAACUUGGUAUCCCCAUUCAGGGCUGUGAGUUUACAGAAGGUAAAUUUAUGGUUAGUGAAGAAGAGAAAGUUGUAAAAUAG